UUUCAAAUAUGUAUUCGUAUGUUGACAAACAAAUCGAAAUUUUUUUCCAACGAAGACGUUUUCUCGGUGAGAUUCAUCACAAAAACAUGUGAAAUUCCUAAAGAAGAAAAAUGUGUUGUCAAGUGUUACAUAGGUGGCGAGUCAGCUCUCUGACGGUAGAAGUAGUUGGUAGGGAGAGGGGGUUGGUGAGGCCGUCGCUCGACGGCGACGGCGGCAGCACCAUGGUUGUGGUUUAAACACGAAGAAAACGCACACGGAGCUUUUGUGUGGGGGACGGGACGCGCGGGAGGGAUCCUCUCUGUAUCUAUCUGACUGUCCAUCGCGGUGGUGCGGUGCGGGGGGGGGAGGGAAAGCUGCGUCGCAGCGCGCGGCGAUGUUGCCGCGCUCCCACUCGCACGCGGCGGCGCGGCGGCGCUCCGGCCUGGGCGCGCAGCUCUGCGCCGUGGUGGCGGCGCUCCUCCUGCUCGUCUCCCUCGCCGUCCUCCACUCCCGCCUCUCCUCCUCCUCGUCCCCGUUCCCGCGCUCCUCGUCCGGCGACGCGGCGUCCAACGCGUCCCGCCUCGUCGAGGAUGAGGACGACGGUGCCGCGGCGCUCGACCCCACGGUUACGAUCGCGGCAACCACCACCACCACCGCCGCCGGCGCGGAUUCCAACGCCGAGGGUGGUUCCGUCUCCAACCCUGAGGACGAUCCAAUCGACGAGCUCGACGUGCUCGACGAGGACUCCGCGUCCGGCCUAGGCGCGGCCGAUGAGGUCCCCGCCUCCGUGUCCGCUUCGUCCCUCGUCUGGGACCACGCCGCCGGCGUCGCCCGCCUGCCGUUCCGCCUCCCCGCCGCCGGUGACCCCCUCCCGGCGGGGCUACCUCACCUCGAGCCCGCGCACCGGAUCGCCGCCGCCGCCUUCGGAUCCGACGACGAGCCGGUGGAUCUGGAGCUUCGGGUGGAGAUCUCGUCCAUCGCCGGCGUCGAGGAUGCGUUGCUCCUGAAGCCUGCCUCUGCUGUUGCCGAGACACGUCUUCGCGCUGGGUGGGCGCGGUGGCUGGAGGGGAAGGCCGACUACCUCCGGCGCGACCGGAUGCUGCGGUCCAACCUAGAAUUCCUCAAUCCGCGCAACCACCCGCUGCUUCAGGACCCGGACAGCCCUGGCCUUACCUCUCUCACCCGCGGCGACCGCAUGGUGCAUCGGAUGCUUCUCGCCGAGAUAGAGAAGACGGCUUCCAAAAAUUUUGAGCGGCGCAGCCUGCAAUCGUCUGAGAGUAAGCAGGGAAUGGGAGUAACCGAGAAGGAGCAGCAGAGGAGGUGGGGGUACUACCCAGGAAUUGAUCCACAUUUGGGCUUCUCUGAGUUCAUGGAGAAGUUUUUUGAGCAUGGGAAAUGCUCCAUGAGAGUGUUCAUGGUGUGGAACAGCCCACAGUGGGCAUAUGGCGUACGGAACCAGCGUGGACUGGAGAGCUUACUGCGGCAGCACCCUGAAGCUUGCGUCGUCAUGUUGUCGGAGACUCUGGAGCUGGAAUUCUUCCAGGAGUUUGUGAAGGAAGGAUACAGAGUUGCAGUUGCAUUGCCAGAUCUUGAUGAACUUUUGGAGGGUACUCUAACCCAUGAUUUUGUAUCAGUAUGGAACGAGUGGCGGAAAACAAAAUACUAUCCCUUGCAUUAUAGUGAGCUAGUACGCCUUGCUGCUCUUUACAAAUAUGGUGGGAUAUACCUUGACUCUGAUGUUGUUGUACUCAAACCAUUAAACACACUCAGUAAUUCUAUUGGUGUUGUCAAGCAAGUUUCUGAAAAUUCCAGUUUUAGUGGUGCUGUAUUAGCAUUUGAAAAACACAGCCCUUUCUUAGCGGAGUGCCUGAAGGAAUUUUAUGCAACAUAUGAUGAUAAACUCUUGCAGUGGAAUGGUGCUGAACUUAUGACAAGAGUAAUCAGAAAUAUGUCUGACAAUGCAGAUCAAAACAAUGGGCAUCUUGACAUAAAGUUUGAACCCUCAAUUGCAUUUUAUCCUAUAAGUUCUGCUGAUAUUACAAGGUACUUUUCGGAAGCAGAUAGCACGGAUGAAAGAGCCCAACAUGAUGCUCUGUUUUCUAGGAUUGUAAAUGAGUCUACUACUUUCCACCUCUGGAACAGCAUUACUUCUUCGCUGGUUCCUGAAUCCAACAGUCUUGUUGAAAGAAUCCUUAACCGAAACUGUCUCCGUUGCCUUGAUGUUUUAUAGUUUGUAGUGACCUGAAGUUCUCACGAUGAGCUUCAUUUUGGUUAGAAUACUCAUACAGAAGAAAUUCAUGUGCUUAAUGGGCGACAAUAUGGCUAGUUGUGUAUUCUUGAGUUUUGCCAAAAGAUAGGGAAGGGGGAGGGGGAGAUGGUGGCAUUGUAGAUAUAUAUUCUUUUCAACAGGUCUGCAGUGUUGGUGCUACAAGCAUGUACAAUUGUGUUGACCUAACUACCCGUUGUCACUUUUUGACAGCAAAUUUGCUUACUGGAAACACAUAACACAAAAAACUGGAGGUUUGGAAAUUGAGAUGUUUCACCAGUU